CUGAAGCGGGGCUGGGAGCGGGGGGCGCCGAGUUUGAGUAGUUUUGGGGGUGGGCCGUCCCCCGCCGGCCGCCGGGGCCCGGGCAGCGGCGUCUCUGGGUGGCGAGCGCGUCUCGGAGGCCCCACCACCGCGGCUGGGCGGUGCUGCGAGGAAAGUUGGAGGCUGAGGGGCGACGGGCGGCUGAGGGGCGGCGGGCGCGGCCAUGGAGCCCCGCGGCGCCGAGUACUUCAGCGCCCAAGUGCUGCAGAAGGACGUGAGCGGCCGGCUGCAGGCGGGCGAGGAGCUGCUGCUCUACCUCGGCGCGCCCGGCGCCAUCCCGGACCUGGAGGACGACCCGAGCCGCCUGGCCAAGACAGUGGACGCGCUCACCGGCUGGGUGGGCUCGAGCAACUACCGGGUAUCAUUAUUAGGAUUGGAGAUUUUAAGUGCCUUUGUGGAUAGAUUGUCAACACGAUUUAAAUCUUAUGUACCAAUGGUUACCACAGCUUUAAUAGACAGGAUGGGAGAUACCAAAGAGAAAGUUCGAGAGGAAGCUCAAAACCUGGCACUGAAGCUGAUGGAUGAGGUGGCACCACCUAUGUACAUCUGGGAGCAUCUGGCCUCUGGUUUCAAGCACAAGAACUUUCGAUCUCGAGAGGGUGUGUGCCUGUGUCUGAUUGAAACCUUGAACAUCUUUGGAACGCAACCACUGGUUGUCAGCAAGUUGGUGCCACAUUUGUGUAUCUUAUUUGGAGAUUCUAAUAGUCAGGUGAGAAAUGCUGCAGUAUCGACAGUAGUGGAGAUUUAUAGACAUGUAGGAGAGAAGCUGAAGGUUGAUCUGUCUAAGAGAGACAUUCCUCUGGCUAGAUUAGAAAUGAUACUUGCCAAAUUUGAUGAAGUACAAAAUUCGGGCGGUAUGGUUUUGAGUGUCUGCAAAGAUAAAAGCUUUGAUGAUGAAGAAUCAGUGGAUGGAAACAGGCCAUCAUCAGCUGCUUCAGCCUUCAAGGUUCCUGCACCUAAAACAUCUGGAAACCCUGUCAGCAGUGGGAGGAAGCCUGGUUCAGCAGGUGGCCCUAAGGUUGGAGGAGCUUCUAAAGAAGGCGGGGCUGGAGCGGUUGAUGAGGAUGACUUUAUAAAAGCCUUUACAGAUGUGCCCUCUGUUCAGAUCUAUUCUAGUCGAGAACUUGAAGAAACGUUAAAUAAGAUCAGGGAAAUUUUGUCAGAUGACAAACAUGACUGGGACCAGCGUGCCAAUGCGCUUAAGAAAAUAAGAUCACUGCUUGUGGCUGGGGCUGCACAGUAUGAUUGCUUUUUCCAGCAUUUACGUCUGUUGGAUGGAGCACUUAAGCUGUCUGCUAAGGAUCUCAGAUCCCAGGUGGUCAGAGAAGCUUGCAUCACUGUUGCCCACCUUUCAACAGUUUUGGGAAACAAGUUUGAUCACGGCGCUGAAGCCAUUGUACCUACACUUUUUAAUCUUGUCCCCAAUAGUGCAAAAGUAAUGGCAACUUCUGGAUGUGCAGCAAUCAGAUUUAUUAUUCGGCAUACCCAUGUACCCAGACUUAUACCUUUAAUAACAAGCAAUUGCACAUCAAAAUCUGUCCCUGUGAGGAGGCGUUCAUUUGAAUUUUUAGAUCUGUUGCUGCAAGAGUGGCAGACUCAUUCAUUGGAAAGACAUGCAGCUGUCUUGGUUGAAACUAUUAAGAAGGGAAUUCAUGAUGCUGAUGCUGAGGCCAGAGUGGAAGCAAGAAAGACAUACAUGGGUCUUAGAAACCACUUUCCUGGUGAAGCUGAAACGUUGUAUAAUUCCCUUGAGCCAUCAUAUCAGAAAAGUCUUCAGACUUACUUAAAGAGUUCUGGCAGUGUGGCAUCUCUUCCACAGUCAGACAGGUCCUCAUCUAGCUCACAAGAAAGUCUCAAUCGUCCCUUUUCUUCUAAGUGGUCUACAGCGAAUCCAUCAACUGUGGCCGGAAGAGUGUCAGUGGGAGGCAGCAAAGCCAGCUCCCUUCCGGGAAGCCUGCAGCGUUCUCGAAGUGACAUUGAUGUGAAUGCUGCAGCUGGUGCCAAAGCGCACCACGCCGCCGGACAGGCUGUUCGAAGUGGGCGCCUCGGGGCAGGAGCCCUGAACCCAGGCUCUUAUGCAUCGCUUGAGGACACUUCUGACAAGAUGGAUGGAACAGCAUCUGAAGAUGGUCGGGUGAGGGCCAAGCUUUCUGCACCACUUGCUGCUGUGGGAAACGCCAAGACUGAUUCUAGAGGAAGAAGCCGGACAAAAAUGGUGUCUCAGUCCCAGCGUUCGCCAUCACCUGACAAAAAUGAAGGAUCACAAUCUGCUAAUACUGUUGGUGCUGGCAGCCGAUCUGGGUCUCCAGGAAGAGUUCUCACCACGACAGCCCUCUCUACUGUGAGCUCUGGUGCCCAACGAGUUCUGGUCAAUUCAGCUUCAGCCCAGAAGAGAAGCAAGAUCCCAAGAAGCCAGGGCUGCAGCAGAGAGGCCAGCCCAUCUAGGCUUUCAGUGGCCCGGAGUAGUCGUAUUCCUCGACCGAGUGUGAGUCAAGGCUGUAGCCGGGAAGCCAGUCGAGAGAGCAGCAGGGACACAAGCCCAGUUCGCUCCUUUCAACCCCUUGCCUCCAGACUCCAUUCCAGAUCCACUGGUGCCCUCUACGCCCCCGAUGUGUGUGGGGCCUCAGGUCCGGGAUAUGGGAUCAGCCAGUCAAGCCGAUUGUCAUCCUCCGUCAGUGCCAUGCGAGUUCUAAACACAGGUUCCGAUGUGGAGGAAGCGGUAGCUGAUGCCUUGCUCUUAGGAGACAUACGGACUAAGAAAAAACCUGCUCGAAGAAGAUAUGAAUCAUACGGAAUGCACUCAGACGAUGAUGCCAACAGCGAUGCUUCUAGUGCAUGUUCAGAGCGCUCCUAUAGCUCUCGAAAUGGCAGUAUUCCUACCUACAUGAGGCAGACAGAAGACGUAGCUGAAGUCCUCAACAGGUGUGCUAGCUCCAAUUGGUCAGAGAGGAAAGAAGGCCUCCUGGGUCUGCAGAGCUUGUUAAAAAAUCAGAGAACGCUAAGUCGAGUGGAACUGAAAAGAUUAUGUGAAAUUUUCACAAGAAUGUUUGCUGAUCCUCAUGGCAAGAGAGUGUUCAGCAUGUUUUUGGAGACUCUAGUAGAUUUCAUACAAGUCCACAAAGAUGACCUUCAAGAUUGGUUGUUUGUGCUCCUGACACAGCUGCUGAAAAAAAUGGGUGCUGAUUUGCUUGGGUCUGUUCAGGCAAAAGUUCAGAAAGCCCUUGAUGUUACAAGAGAAUCUUUUCCAAAUGAUCUCCAAUUUAAUAUCCUAAUGAGAUUUACAGUUGACCAGACCCAAACACCAAGCUUGAAGACAGUCAAGCCAGCAAUCCGGGACCAGCUUCACUCUUUUUGGAGCUCAAAGGUGAAGGUUGCUAUCCUUAAGUACAUAGAAACUCUGGCCAAGCAGAUGGAUCCAGGAGAUUUUAUAAAUUCCAGUGAAACUCGACUGGCAGUGUCUCGGGUCAUCACUUGGACGACAGAGCCCAAAAGCUCUGAUGUUCGAAAGGCAGCACAAUCAGUGCUGAUUUCUUUAUUUGAACUCAAUACCCCGGAGUUUACAAUGUUGCUAGGAGCUUUACCAAAAACUUUCCAAGAUGGUGCUACUAAACUUCUUCACAAUCACCUUCGAAACACUGGCAAUGGGACCCAGAGUUCCAUGGGGAGUCCUUUGACAAGACCAACCCCUCGAUCACCAGCCAACUGGUCCAGUCCUCUUACUUCUCCUACCAACACAUCACAGAAUACAUUAUCUCCAAGUGCAUUUGAUUAUGACACAGAAAACAUGAAUUCUGAAGACAUUUACAGCUCCCUUAAAGGUGUCACUGAGGCAAUCCAGAAUUUCAGCUUCAGAAGCCAAGAAGACAUGAGCGAACCACUGAAGAGGGAUCCUAAAAAAGAGGAUGGUGACACAAUGUGUGGUCCUGGGAUGUCAGAUCCACGAGCAGGAGGUGAUGCUGCUGACUCCAGCCAGACAGCUCUUGAUAACAAAGCAUCUUUGCUCCAUUCAAUGCCAAUUCACUCCUCUUCCCGAUCGCGUGACUAUAAUCCAUAUAACUAUUCUGAUAGCAUCAGUCCCUUCAACAAGUCUGCACUCAAGGAAGCCAUGUUUGAUGAUGACGCUGACCAGUUUCCUGACGAUCUCUCCUUAGACCACUCUGACCUAGUUGCAGAGCUGUUGAAGGAGCUGUCUAACCAUAAUGAACGCAUAGAAGAAAGAAAAAUUGCCCUCUAUGAACUCAUGAAGCUAACCCAGGAAGAGUCCUUCAGUGUCUGGGAUGAGCACUUCAAAACAAUAUUAUUGUUACUGCUUGAGACCCUUGGGGAUAAAGAGCCUACAAUCAGGGCUUUGGCAUUAAAAGUUUUAAAAGAAAUCUUAAGGCAUCAACCAGCAAGAUUCAAAAACUAUGCAGAGCUGACUGUCAUGAAAACAUUGGAAGCACAUAAAGACCCUCAUAAAGAGGUGGUGAGGUCUGCUGAGGAAGCUGCCUCUGUGUUGGCUACUUCAAUUAGUCCAGAGCAGUGCAUCAAAGUACUUUGUCCAAUCAUACAAACUGCUGACUACCCAAUUAAUCUGGCUGCAAUCAAAAUGCAAACAAAAGUGAUAGAGAGAGUAUCCAAGGAAACUCUUAACAUACUCUUACCAGAGAUCAUGCCAGGUCUAAUACAGGGCUACGAUAAUUCAGAAAGCAGUGUCCGGAAAGCUUGUGUCUUCUGCCUGGUAGCUGUUCAUGCAGUGAUUGGUGAUGAACUCAAGCCACACCUCAGUCAACUCACUGGCAGUAAAAUGAAGCUGCUGAACCUUUACAUCAAACGUGCACAGACGGGCUCUGCAGGAGCUGACCCCACUACUGAUGUUUCUGGACAAAGUUAGUACUGCAGGUCUCGGAAAAGACAACUGCCUGCCCUCCUGGAAGAAAGGAAACUUUCAAGUACAGCUUUUGGGACUAAGCUACCGUUUCCCAGUUCUAUCUAGUUUUCUGUUUUGUUCUGUUCUGUAUUUUCUGUGACAGAGGGUGUCCUCAGUCUGCAUGUAACUUUAUAAUAGUUAUUCCAAAUUCAGGAGAAGCAGUAUUAACAUCAGUUGAUCCGUACAAAGAAAGUUUUUAAUCUAAUUCACCAUUUCACAUGUUUGUACUUCUUUGUCUUCCCAUUAACCUUUGCCAGUGUUAUGAUUGUAUAAAUUUUUUUAAAUGCUGGUUAAACAGGAAUGCUUCAGGCUUUAAAAGUUUAACAGACUAAACUUUUUUUUUGCCUUUAUUCAACUGCAGAAGAAUAUUUUUAUUGCUACUUGAGUUUUGUUCCGUAUCAUGUCCUAUGCUAGAGAUGUUGACAAUGAUGUGAGACAAAGCAGGGCUACUAGGAACUGCAGCCAGGCUCUGUUGAUGUGGCAGUGGCACAUGUCGUUAGCUGCGACUUCUUUGGGAUGCCCUCAAAGAGAAAUGUCAUAGAAUCAGCCAGUUCUGUAAGACUGAUGUGUCUGUUGGUUCUGAUCUUGCCACCUUUACUUAAAGCCGUGCCCCUUCUCUGGCCCCGUAAGAAAGCUGCACCAAAUCACCUGCCUGGGUUUCCAUGGGAAUUACUAAAAUGGAAGGUUUUGUUGCAGAGCUUUCUGGUUUAUCUUUGUUGUGAAUGAUGCUUUUUGUUGUAUUUAUUAAUAUCAAAUUCACUUAUGAAUAGACUUGAUAAUGGAAACAGAUGAAAAAAAUCAAGUGCAUGUGUGUCUUUGACUGUCUUCUGUUUCUCAAUUGAUAAACUAAUUAUUGACAUGGGAGUCAACCAGGACCUUUCUGUUGAGUGGUGGAACCUGGUUUCCUUUGACCAUGAAAUUGUCUUAUGAAAAAAAACGCUGAUCCUGAUGAGAGAAGAUGGUGCCACGGCUCGUGAACAAUGGGCUCACACUCUCUACCUCUUCAGGGCUGACGCUUUACUGACCCGCUGCCUGCAGUGGCUUGGAAAACUACUUUAAGGUGAUGUUUUGUAACCUUUUAACAUUUUUUUAAAUCACCUCACCUCUGCUAAAGCUGUUAUUUUUAUGUGCAGCCAACUUUCAAAUAUUACCAGUUUGGGUAAAACGCCAAAUUAGGUAAUUUGGAACCAGGAUACCAUUUAUUUCUCAUCUUGACCUUUUUUCAUUUUUUUUUUAAAUCCUAACAUAAGGUGAAUUUGACUGGAAAGCAAAUGGCUAUUAGGGAAGCAGUUUGCUAUUGUUACAGAGUUAUCUAUACUUUAUUCAACUGAAAAAAAUGUAGAAAUGUAUGUAAAGAAGUUAAGCCAAGAGAACUGGAUGGAUGGUUGGUUGUAGGCUUUUCCCUUCCUUUGUUUUUAUUCUGUUCCAGCAGCAAGAGAAAGGAUAUUGCUCCAUAUCCUCAACCCCCUACCGGUAACACUUUGUUUUUUACUGUUAAUGACAUUGUGUAUUUAUAGUUCUAUGCUUACUGUUGUGCAUAUACUGGCAAUAAAACUGUACAUAACAUUACUUGAAAACCCUAA